UCGUCACGUUGUGAGUCGACAGCAGCCCAAGCAGCAGUGGUUGCUUGGCAGAGCAGAAACCAAAUCAUGAGCAACUGUACCAUAUUUGCACAUUCGCGAGGACGGGACGCCGAAUGUGAUGUUCUCUGCUGAACACUUGGAUAUUUACAUGGAAUUGUUGCCACUUCGAAGAGGUCUUCUCGAAUGACUUGGCUCUGUUGCACAGCCGCGAGUUUGACCAUCCAUUCCCCAAGAUGCAUAUUUGGAUCAGUACCACUCUGCUAGCUGUCACAUCAUUGAGUUUUGUGGAGAUGCUUGACAGAUAUGGAGAGGUAUGCAGAGAGCUGUGUGACUGCGAGGAGAAAGAUGGGAGUCUGGGCGUCAGUUGUGAAAACAGGGGGAUAACUAGCCUGGCAGAGAUAGAACCGGUGCACUAUUCCACAUAUAAUCUACUCCUCACUGGAAACCUUCUUAAGAAACUCUCUCUCAACGACUUUGUGCAGUAUGAGGGAGCCAUCAUCUUGCAUCUGGGAAACAAUGACAUAUCAGAAAUCGAGGCAGGGGCGUUUAAUGGACUUCAAGGAUUAAAAAGACUGCAUCUCAACAAUAAUAAAAUCGACUCGUUAAGGGAGGAUAUGUUUAUUGGUCUCGAGCUGCUGGAGUACCUUCAGCUCGACUACAAUUACAUUUCCCACGUUGAUGCCAGUGCCUUCAGCAAGCUGCGUCAUCUGGAGGUGUUGAUUUUGAACGACAACCUCUUGUCUGCCCUGCCACCCAACGUCUUCCAGUACGUCCCCUUGACUCACCUCGACCUGCGAGGAAACCAGCUGAAGCUGCUGCCGUACCACGGUCUGCUGGAGCACAUGAAUAAAAUUGUGGAAUUACAACUGGAGGAGAACCCGUGGAAUUGUUCGUGUGAACUCAUCCCCCUCAAGGCCUGGCUGGAGAGCAUUUCUUACACGGCUCUGGUCGGAGACGUCGUCUGCGAGACCCCCUUCCGACUCCACGGGAGGGAUCUGGGUGAGGUCUCCAAGCAGGAACUGUGCCCCCGGAGAGCAAUUGCCGAGUACGAAAUGCAUGCAGAGCCUGCCAGGAGCAGUGAGGCGUACGUUCAGACCACACCGGCUUCAGUGGCGGCCUCUGUAACAUCAGCAGGGGGGACUUUACGGUCUUCAAGGCCUACUAAGGGCUCUCGCCAGUCGGGCAAGCUGAGAUCUAAACCCACUCAGCGGCCGUCUCCCAAUAAACAAAACUACGGGCCCAUGGUGUCGUAUCAAACCAAAUCCCCUGUGCCUUUGGACUGUCCUGCUUCGUGCAAUUGCAACCUCCAAAUAUCAGACCUUGGAUUAAAUGUGAACUGCCAAGAGAGGAAGAUCGAGAGCAUUGCUGAUCUUGACCCUAAACCGUACAACCCUAAAAAGAUGUAUCUAACCGGCAAUUACAUCCCAGCCGUGCAUAGAUCCGAUUUUGCUGAUGCCACAGGAUUAGACUUGCUCCACCUGGGCAACAAUCGAAUUUCCACCAUCCAUGACAGUGCUUUUCGGGAUUUGGCCAAUUUGCGACGGCUUUACUUGAAUGGGAAUUUAAUAGAGCGUUUGACAGACGACAUGUUUUACGGCUUGGAGAGCCUCCAGUUCCUAUAUUUAGAAUACAAUGUCAUCCGCGAAAUCGCGCCAGCCACCUUUGAGCAAGUCCCAAACCUCCAGCUGCUCUUCCUCAACAACAACCUCCUGAAAACCCUACCAGAGGGGGUGUUUAAUGGAUUAACGCUCGCUCGGCUGAAUCUGCGUAAUAAUCACCUCCGUAAUCUACUGGUGGGGGGCGUGCUGGACCAGCUGCGGUCGCUGGUGCAGAUAGAUCUUUACGAGAACCCGUGGGACUGCUCCUGUAGCGUCGUGGAGAUGAAGCUGUGGCUGGAGCAGCUCGCCAGUGGCACCGUCGUCAACAGUGUGGUGUGCGAGUCUCCCAUGAGGCUCUCGGGGGAGGACAUGAGAUUCAUCCACGCCUCCCACCUCUGCCCAAACACCUCCAGCGGUGGCGGCGGCGGCGGCGGCCUGCCAGGCUCAGGCUCGGCCUCAGCCGCGCCCCCCUCGGAGGAGUCUUUACCUGGCAGCACAAUCUCCUUGGAGUCCUCCCUGGAUUACGACAGCUCGUACAGCCCCGUCCCCCUCUCCGUGCUCAUACUGGCCCUGCUCAUGAUAUUCAUCAUGUCUGUGUUCAUCCUGGCAGGGUUGUUUGCCGUGGUGAGACGCCGGCGGAAGAAGACUCAGAACGAACGGGCCCCGUCCAUAAGCGCAGACCUGAGCGCUUUCAACAGUCUGUACAGCAGCGGCAGAUCUACUGCCAAAGUGAAAUCCUCGGCGGGCCAGUUGUACGAGUACAUCCCUCCUCCUGGUAAUCAGCCAGCCAAGAACCCCACCUUCCCCAUUAAUGAGAACAGCAUAGUUGAGCGCUUCCGAGACUUUGAUGAUUUGAACGGAGCGUUCACCCCAAAUUCCGAUGAUGAAUUGGCGAGCAACGCCAGGAGCUCAGAGUACAGCGAGUGCACUGGCGAUGCACUCAAACCCUCCCCCAUGCAGGAGGACAACUUUUUCUACAGGGAUAUUUUAGCACGGGACAACAAACAGGUACCUUACAGGGGUAGUAGUAAGCAGCAUUGCAAGCACGGAGGAGGCCAUUCCUCCAGCCACUACAGCCAGGAUUAUGAUGUCAGGCCACAGUUUUUGCAUCCAGACAGCCGAGCCCAACAGACAAUGGUGUACUGCACCACCACACCAGCCACAGUUUAUGUUGAACCCAACAGAAGCGAAUAUUGGGAGCUGAAAGCCAAGCUUCACUUUGAACCAGACUACCUUGAAGUCCACGAGAAACGGACAACAUUCACCCAGUUUUGAUUUGUUUGUUUUUUCUAGGAAAUCCUCACAUGGAUCAUGCUUUUUAGUUCUGGGUAGAAUGCAUCUUAAAAACAUUGUAAAUUCUUAACAUGUAAUAAUGAUGAAUUGACUGUUCAACUCUCUAUAUAACAGAUGAUGUUUUUUUUCUUGGAGUGGAUCAACAUUGUGCCAUUUUAGUAUGCGAAGCCAUGGCCGAAUUACAGACAUUCUAACUGUAUUCAUUGUAUUCUGAUUAUAAUGGAUAUCUCCAAAUAUGCAUCCAUGUGUUCUGCAUAUGAAUUGAAUAUUGAUGUGUAAUGCAAUUUCUUUACUGGGUUUACUGUGUCUGUCUGCAAUUCCAUAUCCAUUUGACUGUGUUUCUCAUAUAUUGCACUAUUUGUUAAGGUCAUCAGCAAACAAUAUGAUGUCUGUUUUGUAGGAUUUACCAUUGACAAUCUUUUAUAGACUUGUAUAUUAGUCAUUGCUGAUGCAAUUACAGUGAAACAGUGAAACACAGAUAACAGCGACAUUAUUUUUUGCAGGCAUGUCAACACAUUCAUAUUAUGUACAUUAUCACAUGAAAUAACAUUCCUCCACCAUUCAUCCGUUUGAUUCAGUCAUAUUUAUUUUGUUGCAAAAAAUGACUGUGUGUGUGUGCAUGUGCACUUGUGAAUGGGUGUGUGUGAGUGACGGUG